AUGGCAUCGACAGCCUCCUCUUCGCUGAAGCCACCUUCAGGUGGGGCUAUCAAAUCAUAUCCAUUUGGAAAGAUCGAACCUAACUCGGCAAAAUACUUCGCCUCAUGCAUGCUCGGGGGUGUGAUCGCAUGUGGUCCCACGCACACGCUGGUGACGCCACUGGACCUGGUCAAGACGCGAAGACAAGUCGAUCCAAAGAUGUACACGUCGAACUUUACGGCGUGGCGGACGAUAUUCGCAAAGGAAGGGCUGCACGGGGUGUUCUUCGGCUGGACCCCAACGUUGGUAGGCUACAGCUUCCAGGGACUAGGCAAGUACGGGUUCUACGAGAUCUUCAAGCAUGAGUACGGCGACAACCUGUUCCCCAACAGCAACCGCACCCUGGUGUACCUGGGGGCCAGCGCGAGCGCCGAGUUCUUGGCCGACAUACUCUUAUGUCCGUGGGAAGCCAUCAAGGUGCGCAUGCAGACCACGCUCCCGCCGUACGCGCAUACCCUGCGUGAAGGCUGGUCCAAGGUCGUGGCCAAGGAAGGAAUCGCCGGCCUGUACAAGGGCAUCACGCCGCUCUGGGGCCGUCAAAUCCCUUACACCAUGUGCAAGUUCGCCACGUUCGAGGAGACUGUCAAGUUGAUCUACAAGCAGCUGGGCAAGCCAAAGGAGAGCUACAAUAAACUGCAGCAAACUGGUGUCAGCUUCCUUGGCGGCUAUAUUGCUGGUAUCGCCUGUGCUGUCGUCAGUCAUCCGGCCGAUGUCAUGGUGAGCAAGCUGAAUUCAGACAGAAAAGCUGGUGAAUCCGCCGGCAAGGCCAUGAGCCGCAUCUACGGCAAUAUCGGAUUCUCGGGUCUCUGGAACGGCCUGCCCGUUCGAAUCGUCAUGAUUGGAACGCUGACUGCCUUCCAAUGGCUCAUCUAUGACUCCUUCAAGGUCUGGCUCGGUCUACCCACCACCGGCGGCCACUAA